GCAGUGUUCCGUGUGGAAGGUAAACUAAAUAUAUGUUUGUCAUCGGUGAUCAUGAACCAACUUAAAACAAAUUUCAAUUCAGUAACAAAAAUUAAACAAUCAUCCCGUCACGUUUCCCAAUUCAAUCAACCUGCCAUUUUUUAACAAGAUAAACCCUCAUCUCUAUCACAUUUCCCAACGUUCAAGCAACCUAUUUCUCCUCAUCAACUCUCUCAAUUCAAUUUCUGUUUGAAAAUCAUUUGUUAUUAAUAAUUCCUAUUUCAUAACAGCGAUCCAGAGAACAUGCAGCAGCAUAACGGCGGAGAUGCUAGUCAACGCAUCGCCAGAAUCUCAGCUCACCUAAAUCCUCAUAAACUGCAGAUGGAAGCAAAAACCGUUUUGGAACGGUCAAAUUGCCGUGCAAAAGGUGGAUCACCUGGAUUCAAUGUAGCAAUAUUAGGAGCAUCCGGUGGCAUUGGUCAACCGCUUUCCAUGUUGAUGAAGAUGAAUCCGUUGGUAUCAGUUCUUCAUCUUUACGAUGUUGCCAAUACUCCCGGUGUCACUUCCGACAUCAGUCACAUGGACACCGGUGCCGUGGUGCGCGGUUUUCUAGGGCCACAACAGUUGGAAAACGCGCUUACUGGCAUGGAUCUUGUCAUCAUGCCAGCUGGCGUUCCGAGGAAACCAGGAAUGACAAGGGAUGAUCUGUUUAAUAUUAACGCGGGGAUCGUUAAGACACUUUGUGAAGGAAUUGCUAAGUGCUGCCCGAAAGCUAUCGUUAACAUAAUUAGCAAUCCCGUAAAUUCUACAGUUCCUAUUGCUGCUGAGGUUUUUAAGAAGGCGGGCACGUAUGAUCCUAAGAGACUUUUAGGAGUUACAAUGCUUGAUGUGGUCAGAGCUAAUACUUUUGUGGCUGAAGUUUUGGGACUUGAUCCAAGGGAAGUUGAUGUUCCGGUCGUCGGUGGUCAUGCUGGUGUUACCAUUUUGCCCCUUCUUUCUCAGAUUAAGCCUCCAUGCUCUUUUACAUCAGAAGAAGCUGCGUACCUAACAUCUCGUAUCCAGAACGGUGGAACCGAAGUUGUUGAGGCAAAAGCCGGUGCAGGAUCCGCAACUCUUUCCAUGGCAUAUGCUGCUGUUAAGUUUGCCGAUGCAUGCUUGCGAGGCUUAAGAGGCGAUGCGGAUGUUAUUAAAUGUGCUUUUGUGCCUUCUGUGGUUACCGAACUACCUUUCUUUGCAUCAAAGGUGAGGCUGGGCCGCAAUGGCAUAGAGGAAGUUUACACACUUGGUCCCAUGAACGAAUUUGAAAGGGCUGGUUUGGAGAUGGCAAAGAAAGAGUUGGCAGGAAGCAUCGAGAAAGGCGUUUCCUUUGCUUCCAAGUGAUCAACUCUUUCGAUGGUAGAAUAAGAAGGCAAUCAUGUUUCGGUGUCAUUUUCAGGUUCGGCUUAUAGUUUGUAUAAGAGAAAAUACAUGUAUUACUGCCAAUAUAUAUAUGCAAUAAAUCAUUUUCCUUCUUGUCUAGGUUA